GGAGGAGGAGGAGGAGGAAGCGCGGCGCGAGGUCCCGGAUGUGAGUGGGGCGGCGGGGCCGGGAGCCGGCCGGGAGCGCGGGCGUCCAUGGAGGGGGCGGGCGGGGCCGCGCCGGUUCACUGUCACCACCGGGAUGGAUGACUUAAACCUGCACUACAGGUUCCUGAACUGGCGGCGGCGGAUCCGGGAGAUCCGCGAGGUGCGAGCCGUCCGCUACCAGGAGCGCUUCAAGCACAUCCUCGUGGAUGGCGACACGCUCAGUUAUCACGGGAACUCGGGCGAAGUCGGCUGCUACGUCGCUCCGCGGCCCCUGACCAGAGACAACAACUACUUCGAGGUGUCCAUCGUGGACAGCGGCGUGCGCGGGACCAUCGCCGUGGGCCUCGUGCCUCAGUACUACAGCCUGGACCACCAGCCGGGCUGGCUGCCCGACUCCGUGGCGUACCAUGCCGAUGACGGGAAGCUUUACAGCGGCCGAGCCAAGGGCCGGCAGUUCGGCACCAAGUGCAGCUCCGGGGACCGCAUCGGCUGCGGCAUCGAGCUGGUCUCCUUCGAGGUGCAGACGGCCCAGAUCUUCUUCACGAAGAACGGGAAGAGGGUGGGCUCCACCAUAAUGCCGCUGUCCCCCGACGGGCUCUUCCCGGCCGUGGGCAUGCACUCGCUGGGCGAGGAGGUCCGGCUGCACCUCCACGCCGAGCUGGGCACCGAGGAGGAUGACAGCGUCAUGAUGGUGGACAGCUACGAGGACGAGUGGGGACGGCUGCACGACGUGAAGGUGUGCGGCACGCUCCUGGAGUACGUGGGCAAGGGCAAGAGCAUCAUCGACGUGGGGCUGGCCCAGGCCCGGCAGCCGCUCAGCACCCGCAGCCACUACUUCGAGGUGGAGAUCAUCGACCCCGGCGAGAAGUGCUACAUCGCCCUGGGGCUGGCCCGCAAGGAUUACCCGAAAAACCGGCACCCCGGCUGGAGCAGGGGCUCGGUGGCCUACCACGCUGACGACGGGAAGAUCUUCCACGGCAGCGGUGUCGGGGACCCCUUCGGGCCCCGCUGCUACAAGGGCGACAUCAUGGGCUGCGGCAUCAUGUUCCCCCGCGACUACAUCCUCGACAGCGAAGGGGACAGCGACGACACCUGCGACACGGCCGAGGUGAAGGCCAAGCCGCGCGGCGUCAGGAACGUCAUGUACCUGCACCAGGAGGAGGAGGAGGAGGAAGAGGAGGAGGAAGAUGACGGCGAGGACAUGGAGCAGGAGCACGAAGGCAAGAAGGUGGUGGUGUUCUUCACCCGCAACGGGAAGAUCAUCGGCAAGAAGGACGCGGUGGUGCCCGCCGGCGGGUACUUCCCCACCGUGGGCAUGCUGAGCAGCGGCGAGAAGGUCAAGGUGGACCUGCACCCGCUCAGCGGCUAGGCGGGGGGGCCGCGGGGGGGCUACGCGGGUGCCCCGCCGCCCUGCUGCCCCCCCCCCGUGCCCCCCGCCAGCCCUUCGCACUUUAACGCCUCUGCCCCGUGUCCCCCGGCCGUGGGGCACCCCCUUUUCCCCGGGGUUAUCGCGGGGGGGCACCAAUCCCCCCCCCCCGGGGCCCUCACUGCCUGCCCGUGCCCCUUUGCAAGGGCACUGGCCCCCUCUAGGUCACGGUUCCCCCCCCAGUGCCCCCCCCCCAGGGCACGGGGCAGAGUUAAGGGUCCCGAUUUGCCCCCCGCCACCCCCUUCAUGGUGUCACUGUUACCCCCCACCCCGAUUUUGUGAAUGUAAAAUGCCCCUCUGGGCCCCCCCAACCCCUCGAGGGGCAGUGCCCCCCCCCUCCUUCCCCAGGCACCCGCCCCUGCCCCUGCGGGGGGGGGACACGCUGCCUGGCCCCCCCCGGCCCUGUGCUAGGGGCAGGGCUGGGCCCCCCCGGGCAGGCGCUGAAAGAAGGAGGCUCCGAGACGGUUGUUUUCUCUGUUGGCAUUUGCACAUGGUCGGACAAGGAGGAGACGGGGGGGGGUCCUCGCGUCCCCCCCCCACAUCGUGAUAUAGCUCGGUGCCCCCCCCAUAUAUAAUAUAUAUAUAUUAGAGACGUCUGACUAAAGCUCAUAUAAAUCCUUUCUUACACAAAAA